AUGGAGCCCUUGAAGAACCUCUUCCUCAAGAGCCCGCUGGGUUCAUGGAAGGCUUACGCCAACCCUGUGUGGACAGCCUUGUUUGACUACGAGCCCAAUGGGCAGGACGAGCUGGCCCUGCGGAAGGGUGACCGUGUGGAGGUGCUGUCCCGGGAUGCAGCUAUCUCCGGCGACGAGGGCUGGUGGGCGGGCCAGGUAGGCGGCCAGGUAGGCAUCUUUCCGUCCAACUAUGUGUCUCGGGGCGGCCCGCCCCCCUGUGAGGUGGCCAGCUUCCAGGAGCUGCGGCUAGAGGAGGUGAUCGGCAUUGGUGGCUUCGGCAAGGUGUACCGUGGGAGCUGGCGAGGGGAGCUGGUGGCUGUGAAGGCAGCUCGACAGGACCCCGACGAGGACAUCAGUGUGACGGCUGAGAGUGUGCGCCAGGAGGCCCGGCUUUUCGCCAUGCUGGCACACCCCAACAUCAUCGCCCUCAAGGCGGUGUGCCUGGAGGAGCCCAACCUGUGCCUGGUGAUGGAGUACGCAGCUGGUGGUCCCCUCAGCCGUGCCCUGGCUGGGCGGCGUGUACCCCCCCACGUGCUGGUCAACUGGGCUGUGCAGAUCGCCCGUGGGAUGCACUACCUGCAUUGUGAGGCCCUGGUGCCCGUCAUCCACCGAGACCUCAAGUCCAACAACAUUCUGCUGCUGCAGCCCAUUGAGGGUGACGACAUGGAGCACAAGACCCUGAAGAUCACUGACUUCGGCCUGGCCCGCGAGUGGCACAAAACCACACAAAUGAGUGCCGCCGGCACCUAUGCCUGGAUGGCACCCGAGGUCAUCAAGGCUUCCACCUUCUCCAAGGGCAGCGAUGUCUGGAGCUUUGGGGUGCUGUUGUGGGAAUUGCUGACUGGAGAGGUGCCCUACCGUGGCAUCGACUGCCUUGCUGUAGCCUACGGAGUGGCUGUUAACAAGCUCACACUGCCCAUCCCAUCCACCUGCCCCGAGCCCUUCGCACAGCUCAUGGCCGAUUGUUGGGCGCAGGACCCCCACCGCAGGCCCGACUUCGCCUCCAUCCUGCAGCAGCUGGAGGCGCUGGAGGCCCAGGUCCUGCGGGAAAUGCCGCGGGACUCCUUCCAUUCCAUGCAGGAAGGCUGGAAGCGUGAGAUCCAAGGCCUUUUCGAUGAGCUGCGGGCGAAGGAAAAGGAACUACUGAGCCGCGAGGAGGAGCUGACCCGCGCGGCGCGUGAGCAGCGCUCCCAGGCCGAGCAGCUGCGGCGGCGCGAACCUGGCCCCAGCCACAUCCCCAUCGUGCCAGGCCCGGUCCCCGCGCUGCCUACGAGCCGGCCCAGGGCCCCUGCAGGUUGGGAUCUUGGCUCUCCUUCACCACGAACUGGCCCUGCUUCCUUCCCAAACCCAGACUUCAAACACCGAAUCACUGUGCAGGCCUCGCCCGGCCUGGACCGGAGGAGAAACGUGUUCGAGGUCGGAGCUGGGGACUCGCCCACCUUUCCCCGGUUUCGGGCCAUCCAGUUGGAGCCUGCAGAACCAGGCCAGGCAUGGGGCCGCCAGUCCCCCCGACGCCAGGAGGACUCAAGCAAUGGAGAACGCCGAGCAUGCUGGGCCUGGGGUCCCAGUUCCCCCAAGCCUGGGGAAGCCCAGAAUGGGAGGAGAAGGUCCCGCAUGGACGAAGCCACCUGGUACCUGGAUUCAGAUGACUCAUCCCCCUUAGGAUCUCCGUCCACACCCCCAGCACUCAAUGGUGAGUGGCCUUGUUGGCCCCCAGAAGACUCUUUGCUGCACUCUUUCUGCGGGUCGGCCAAGAGUCCCAGACGCGAGGAAGGGAGGCGCGGAAGCACUGUCUCACCCCCGCCAGGGAUAUCCCGCUCUGCUCCUGGCACCCCGGGCACCCCACGCUCACCGCCGCUGGGACUCAUCGGCCGACCUCGGCCCUCACCCCUUCGCAGCCGCAUUGACCCGUGGAGCUUCGUGUCAGCCGGACCACGGCCGUCGCCCCUGCCCUCGCCACAGCCCGCGCCCCGCCGGGCGCCCUGGACCUUGUUCCCAGACUCUGACCCCUUCUGGGACUCUCCACCUGCCAACCCCUUCCGGGGGCGGCCUCAGGACUGCAGGGCGCAGACCAAAGACAUGGGUGCCCAGGCCCCGUGGAUUCCGGAGGCAGGGCCGUGAGCGGACCAGCUGCCCCAGAGGAGCCACAGCACACACUGGAACCGGAGCCAGGUCAGCCGCUGGCGCUGCCUGGGCUUCCCCCAGGGACCCGCCCCCUUCGGGGGUCAGGAACACUACACUGCACAGGAAGCCUUCACACUGGAUGGGGGGCCUGCACCCCCCGCAUACCUGCAACCUGUGGGUCCCCUGACUCACCUGCCCCACUGGGGCUGACACUGUACCCAGCUGGUUAGGAGGACCAUAGCCUGUCUCAGGGAAUUGCCCCCAGGGGUGGCGCAGGGAGGAGGGGAGGUGCGAGGGAGAGGGGCCGGCCUCAGCUGUCACCAGCACUUUUGACCAAGUCCUGCUACUGUGGCCCCUGCCCCAGGGCUUAGUGCCUGAACCCCCUGCCCUGGGGGCCAUCGAGGGCCAGGGUUCUCUAGGUGCCUUCCUGCUGCCCCGGCCAGGGUUGGGGCCUCGGCCUCAGGAUCCAAUGAAGCCAAAUAAACUCCCCAAGCUAUCUCCCCAA